CCUCUGGGUAAGAUGAAGGAGGAACACUGGAAGUGGAGCGCCUGAACAUACCGCCAGAUUCUGAAAGCUAUUAACAUUGUUUGGGCCGUUAAGGCGGUUGGCGGCAACUCGCCGGCGGGCGGCAGUUGCGUCGCACCCCGAAGCGUGCCUAGGCGCACGCUCCCCUCCGCUCCUCCACUCAGAAAGCAGGAGGAGUGGGGGUGGGGGAACAGAGAACGCGGAGGGCAGCGGAACUACAACUCCCGCAAGGCCUUGCGCGACCAGGGUGCUUUACAAUAGAAGCUCGGUUGGCGAGGUCUGCGGAGAGGUGCCGGAACUGCCGUUUCCGGCAUGUUCAGGUCUACAAGAACGACCGAUCAGUGGAGGGCGGGGGAGAGACUCCAAUGCCCAGCGGGCCAUGCGCGGGCAGCGCUUGCGCGAACCGCGGACGGGGGGGCGGUCGGGCCAUUUAAAUGUGUGUUUGUGGGUGAAAUGGCUGCGCAGGUCGGAGCGGUUCGCGUAGUACGGGCGGUGGCGGCGCAGGAGGAGCCGGACAAAGAGGGGAAGGAGAAACCCCAUGUUGGGGUUUCGCCGCGGGGAGUGAAGCGGCAGCGCCGGGCGAGCAGCGGGGGUUCUCAGGAGAAGCGGGGGCGGCCGAGCCAGGACCCCCCUCUCGCUCCCCCUCAUCGGCGGCGUCGUAGCCGCCAACAUCCCGGGCCGCUGCCUCCAACGAAUGCCGUCCCAACCGUCCCGGGCCCUGUUGAACCUCUGCUCCUGCCGCCUCCGCCGCCACCGUCGCUGGCACCCGCCGGGCCCGCUGUUGCUGCCCCGCUCCCGGCCCCAGGCACCUCGGCCCUCUUCACCUUCUCGCCCCUGACGGUGAGCGCGGCCGGGCCCAAGCAUAAGGGCCACAAGGAGCGACACAAGCACCAUCACCACCGCGGCUCCGAUGGUGACCCCGGCGCCUGCGUUCCGGGCGAUCUCAAGCACAAGGACAAGCAGGAAAACGGGGAGAGGAGCGGAGGGGUGCCUUUGAUCAAGGCCCCCAAGAGAGAAACAGCAGAUGAAAAUGGUAAAACCCAGAGAGCUGAUGAUUUUGUCUUGAAGAAAAUAAAGAAGAAAAAGAAAAAGAAACACCGAGAAGACAUGAGAGGAAGACGCCUUAAAAUGUACAAUAAGGAAGUACAAACCGUCUGUGCUGGCCUGACACGCAUCAGCAAAGACACUCUCACCCAAGGACAGCUGAAUAGCACUUCAGGAGUUAAUAAGGAGUCCUUCAGAUAUUUGAAGGAUGAACAGCUGUGCAGAUUAAAUUUGGGCAUGCAAGAAUAUCGGGUGCCCCAGGGAGUACAGACACCUUUUACAACGCACCAAGAACAUUCUAUUCGCAGAAAUUUCUUAAAAACAGGUACUAAAUUUAGCAACUUUAUUCAUGAAGAACACCAGUCCAACGGUGGUGCUCUUGUCCUUCAUGCAUACAUGGACGAACUCUCAUUUUUGUCUCCAAUGGAGAUGGAGAGAUUUUCUGAGGAGUUUCUUGCUUUGACAUUCAGUGAAAAUGAGAAAAAUGCUGCCUACUAUGCUUUAGCAAUAGUGCACGGAGCGGCUGCUUAUCUCCCAGACUUCCUGGACUACUUUGCUUUUAAUUUUCCCAACACUCCAGUGAAAAUGGAAAUUUUGGGCAAGAAAGAUAUUGAAACAACCACCAUUUCAAAUUUUCAUACUCAGGUCAACAGGACAUAUUGCUGUGGUACCUACCGAGCAGGUCCUAUGCGGCAGAUAAGUCUUGUUGGAGCAGUAGAUGAAGAAGUUGGUGAUUAUUUCCCAGAGUUCCUAGAUAUGUUAGAAGAAUCACCAUUUCUGAAAAUGACUUUGCCCUGGGGUACACUUUCCAGCCUCCAACUACAAUGUAGGUCUCAGAGCGAUGAUGGGCCUAUAAUGUGGGUGAGGCCAGGAGAGCAGAUGAUCCCUACAGCAGAUAUGCCAAAGUCACCCUUCAAAAGACGACGAUCAAUGAAUGAAAUUAAAAACCUCCAGUACCUACCUCGGACAAGCGAACCCCGAGAAGUCCUCUUUGAAGACAGGACAAGAGCUCACGCUGACCAUGUAGGUCAGGGGUUUGACUGGCAAAGUACGGCUGCUGUUGGGGUUUUGAAGGCUGUACAGUUCGGUGAAUGGAGUGAUCAGCCUCGCAUAACCAAAGAUGUGAUUUGUUUUCAUGCUGAGGAUUUUACUGAUGUUGUACAAAGACUUCAGUUAGACCUUCAUGAACCUCCAGUUUCUCAGUGUGUACAGUGGGUGGAUGAAGCAAAACUAAACCAAAUGAGGCGAGAAGGCAUUCGCUAUGCUAGAAUUCAGCUUUGCGACAAUGAUAUCUACUUCAUCCCUAGAAAUGUCAUUCAUCAGUUCAAAACAGUGUCAGCAGUAUGCAGCUUAGCCUGGCAUAUAAGGCUUAAACAAUACCACCCUGUUGUGGAAACCACUCAAAACACAGAGAGCAAUUCCAACAUGGAUUGUGGUUUAGAAGUUGACUCCCAGUGUGUGAGAAUAAAAACUGAAUCUGAGGAAAGAUGCACAGAGAUGCAACUUUUGACAACUGCUUCAUCGUCUUUUCCACCUCCAUCAGAACUUCAUCUACAGGAUCUGAAGACUCAGCCUAUUCCAGUUUUCAAGGUGGAGAGCAGACUGGACUCUGACCAGCAACACAGUCUGCAGGCACAUCCAAGCACUCCUGUGUGAUAUGUACAUAUUCAAACACAUUUUUUAACUUUUUUAAAUUUUGAUGUGAAGUUAUAGUUUUAUAACUGGCUUAAGUUAAGUUUUAUUGGAGAAAUCUUGCCUAUAAUUCUAUAAAGAGAAAUGACAUUCCACAAAUGUCAAGCAUAUCUUUUUUACACAGAUUAUGCAAAGCUAAGAGUUGUAUCUUAUCCCGUUAGUACAGUAUGUAAUAGUGGGUCUGCUGCUACUUUCUGUUUUAAGGUGUGAAGUUACAAUUCAAUCUCUUCUUCAAAUCAAAACAAGAAUUCUCUGGAAUAGCAGGUUCUUACUUGGUAAAAUAGUUACUUCCCUUGAUUUUAUCUUUCCUUGUCUCUUGCCAUAUUUGCUUUAUGUGGUAUAAAGCAGAUUUAUGGUUUAGUACUUGUGUCUUCAUGGCACCUUGUUAGUUUCCACAGUAAAAUUGUAUUGGUUGCAGGAAAAAGGCUCCUGCAUCAGGUACAGGGACAAGUGAGUUGUUUAAUUCUAGCCACAAAGAAGACAUGGUCUCUAAAGAAAAUUCUCUGGCUCUCUGGUGUUUAGCAAAAGAGGAAGCACAGCACUUUCUGAUCCAGGCCGUCUUUUUGUGUCUGUUAUUUAAAACCCAGUGGAUAUUUCAAUUUAACAAAUCUCUAAAGAUGACAAACAAAAUCUAAAGAUUGGUUAUUCAUUAUCCAUGGAUCAUUAAUCUUUUCUAGGAUAUAUGCUAAGUAUACAGGCUCUUUUGAGCAAAAGAGAUAAUGUUGACCUGUUCUGCUUCCUAGUAUCUUCAUAUCAAAGUUAGAGAAUCCCACCAGUCUUACUGAUGAGGGCUGCCAUAGCUGAGCAUCAAACUUAGGAGAAACUAUUCUUGUGACUUGGCAUCUACUUUUGAAACACUUUACAAUUUUAUCUGGCUAAUACCUUGGUUUCUUCAUUGUUAUUCCAUGUUGCUAUUUUCUAAUAACAGGCAUUAGACUUCCAUUGUAGAGUUUCAGGUAGGCUGAAAACUUAGUGUUUGGAUAUUUACUUUGUUUUCCUUUUUUCAACCAGGCCUCCUUCAUCCAAGUAGUGUGGUCUCUCUUAUUUUGGAAUGUUCAUGUGCUAUGCAUUAUACUUUCUCUUAGUUAACAACUCAGUAGGCCUUUUGUUUACUAAAGGAAGAGUACUUUCCACACCUAAGACCAGAUUCUUGUAUCUACCUGGUUACAGUGCAAUUUGAUUUUUUUUCCUGGAUGAUGAGAUUUGAAAUAUUUGCAUUAACAUAGGCAAAAGAAAAAGAUGCUGCUUCAUUAUGUCUAUCACCAUGGAAGCUUAGCUGCAUCUUUGAAAAUAUCAAAUAUGAAUUUUCUCUAAAAUAUUCUGGAAUAGGUUAAAUCUUAUAUAAAUAUUACUUUGUGCAAUAUUGUUGUGUAGUUAAAUGCAUAUUAGCAAAGUAUAGAGGUCACUGUGUAAACCGAUAGAAAAGUAACCAUCAGCAACUACUACAGUGAUUAGUUAGAAUCUGUAUUAUUCCUUAUAUAUAUGUAUAUGUAUGUAUUCUCUGUUACAAAGGAUGAAGACAAAUAAAUAGGGAAACACUUCAAUGUAAACCAUUUAUGAAUUGGAAGUGAUGUUGCUUUUAGUUAUCUUUGUAAAUAAGGUAAUUAGAAUGGUAUGAAAGGUAAUGUGAUUAUUACAGGGAUGUUUUUAAAUCCUGUGUAUAAAUUCUAGGGUAAAUUCUAGUUUAUCAAACUAGUUUUUAAGGGACCUUUGAGGGUAUUUUUGUUGUUGUUGUUGUUAUUUUGUGGAGAAAAGGGGUAUAUCACAAAAUGAAUGGGUUUCGGUUACUUCUUAUUUUUAUUUUUUCUGUCCAGAAGAAUUUCAUAGAGCUUUACCAGGCUGUGCAAAGAAAAAUUCUUCUCAGGCAACAUUUGCUUUAAAAAAUAAUCAUGAAGAUAAAAAGUUGUUAACGCAAAAAGUUUUAUUUUGUUUUUCUUGUCUUCCAAGAUCCGAUUUCCCCAUCUCCCACUUGCCAUCCAGCAGAUGCCAUCCUGUCAUCUAAGCUGGUCAUUACUAAUAAACAAGGAGACUGUCUCCUGACAGCCAGCACUGUGUAAUCACUCAGGAACCAGCGGAUCUGCAAAGACCUACAAUCAAACGCAAAUCUCCAUUUUCCUUUUACAAAACAUUCUACCCUCACUUCCAGUAUAAACAUAUUAAAAGAAUAUAAAAAUGUUGAAAAUCAUGUACUAAUGAAGUCAUUGUAUAUUAGAUUGCAAUAGAAUGGAAAGAAACAUUUAGCUAGUAAUGUAUCUGGAAACCCUGAAUGUCCUAUGUGAGUAUUAGAUUUUGAUAGCAUGCUUUAAAGACUGAUGAAUAUUAAAGCAGAAGCUUUGAGUUUCUUGCUGCUUUCAAAACUGUGUCCUAGUUGAGUGAUACAAAUGAUCGCAACUUUUCUAAAUCAUUAAACUAUUUGGUUGGUGGAGUGAGGCAUGAAACAGUCUGGCAUCCUCGGAUUUGUAAAGUAUCGAUGGCAGUGACGUUGUAACUGAAAUUGAAGCUGAUCUUCCUUUCUGGUAUGUUAUCUGUUGUGCCAGCCCUUGAGAUUACUUGCAGAAUGUGGCUAUAAGUUUUAGUACUUUGUGGAUCAGAGGGAUAUUUUAAAAAUAUGCUAAUCAAAAGGACCUAAUAAAUUAAUAUUCCUAACAGCAAAUAGAAUGAUUUUAAGGUAACCAUUAUAAAGGAUAAAAGUCUUCCCCUGUCCCAGAGGUCAUUCUAUAAUUGUCAAGAUAGGAUGGGAGUUAGGGUUACGAUUCUGAGAGAUGUCCCAAAUUCAUAAAGCAAUAAUAAUAACCUGUAUAUUGGUUCCCUCUUCCAAAGUUUAACUCUUGAAAAAUGAAUUCUUAGGCUUAAUUGUACUUUGCUUAUUCAGUACUUACAAGUUUUACUGGUAAAUUAUUUUUACUCUAAGACUUUUGGAAAGUGCCCUGUACCCUCAGAAACAGUUGGACUAUCAGUUCACAAAUAUUAUAAGCUCUUGUAUGGGGAAAAGAGCUUAUUUUAAAUCAUUUGUUAAACUUUAGGAAACGAUGUAUCAGUCUUAACAGGCAUAAAGGUCUCACCUAAUGACUUGAGAAACUUUUGCUUAGUGCUUUUUUUCCCUGUAUAAAUAUUGUCUAGAAGGAAAGUUAAUAUAGGAACAAGACUUCAAAAUCCACGAAAACAUGUUCCUAGUGAAUAUAUCCUUUAUCAUUAAUAUUAGCCCAUUAUAUUUUCAUCUGUAUUUGCCUUUUAAAUUUAUUUGCAUCUAUUAAGGAUAAUUAGGAUUACUGA